UGCAUGCCACACCACUCAAUAAUGCACUCAGCACACUGAGCACCAAAAGUCAACACACACACACACACAGACACACAUACAGUCAGACAGACAGAGUGACACUUGCAGGCUGCGCCUAAUGUCAAGGUUUUUUGGCUGCUGCUCAAAAUGCGGUGGCACGUGGCGCACGCGGCACGUUGCUAACUUGCCACCGAAAGUUGCAUGGCGGCGCCUUGACAACGCUUCUAGUGCCACCAAUCACGUAGCUCGCUGCCACUUGCAGCGCAUGAAUGGACACAGCAGCGGUAGCAGCCGCAGCCGCAGCAGCAGGCUAGGAAAUGGCCAAGGAAAAGCAUUGCGAAAAUUACGAAGCAAAUGGGCUGAGCACAAGUAUGAAGGCAAUAGUGAGAGCAAAGCGAUGAAAUUGGCGAGGCAAACGACAAGGAAAAAUGCAAGGCAACAGCCAAGUGGAAAGGACACAGCAAAAGGCGAGGAAAGCGGGUCAUCGAGGCAAAGGAAAAUGAGAAACGGAUUGCGAAGGAUGGGAAAAUGCUGCGUCGACUAUGAAAUGUCUGUAAAAUAUCUGCAGAUGAUAGGUACUAAAAUGUCAUACGCAAAUGAGACAGACUAAGAAGAUAACGAUAAAAUAACGGAAAUCUGUAUCUUCUAAACAAAAAUGAA